AUGUCCGACAACGACGUCGAUAUGCCCGAUCGAACCUCCGAUUCCCCACUCCAAGACCUCGGUCUCCAAGAGUUCCGCGACUUCCUGACCGUGCACUGGCCCGAUUCCAAGCUUGCCGGUCCCGGUAACUCAGGCAUUACUUGCCUGAUUGCUACAAUCAGACAUUUACUCGGCUUCUUCAGUCAGGGUGGGCGCUGUAAGGUGCUUCAGUUUGCCGACGAGGCCGAGCAGAAGCACGAUGUACCCGACAACGAACGCGGUGUGCUUCGAGCCAUCCUGCAGGGCAAUGUCCGACCAGCCGUGGAACAGAUCAAGGCGAUCUUUCCUGAGGACACGACCUGCUCGUUUGAGACACUGAUCUUCAGCGAUCCCUACAGGCGCAGCAUGUGGAACAAUCCCUUUUUCCAAGUUUACCUUCGCCGCAUGCUUGGGCCCAACGCAAAGCCAGAUGGACAUCCUUCAAGUCAGGGAUAUCAGGAAGACCCGCACUUCAUUGCCCCUCUUCACCCAGAUGAUCUGGGGCUCAGUCACUUGCUACAUGCGCACCCCAUGUCAGCCGACAUGUAA